AUGACCCUAGAGGUUGUUGAUAGCUUCACAUAUCUAGGCUCUACAAUCACCAGUAAUCUGUUACUUGAUGCUAAAAUCAGCACACAUCUUGCAAAAGCUGCACCUCUUAUGCCCAAACUGAAUUGGCUCAGCUUCACUGACUAUAUAAGGUGCACCAGAGCACAACUUAAGUUACUUCAGCAGGAGAUCGUAAACCAGUUCAACAUGGGCUUCAGCACGAAGCUCUUUUUCCUUUUGGUUUUCGGUAGCUGUGUUGCUGCACAAGGCAAACCUGAAGACAGAAAUACACGCUGUUCAAGGCAAACAACUCGCUUCAAAAAUCUUAAGAAGUAUUUUUACAACUAUGAAGCUGAGACCUCCACUGGAAUGGUUGGGACUGCAAACUCUCGCACCGGUGUCCAUAUAUCCUGCAAGGUGGAACUUGAAGUUCCUCAGUACUGUUCCUACUCCAUGCAGAUAAAUGCAUGCACCCUGAAGGAAGUAAACAGUGUCAGUGCUGAUGGAAAACCUAACUUUGAGCUUUCCAAGGACUCUGAAGAAUUCCAGCAAGCUAUGUCCAAGUAUGAACUGAAAUUCACAAUACAGGGACACACGGGUGUCAAUCUGUACCCAAACAGAAAUGAACCAAUCAAUAUUCUCAACAUCAAAAGAGGAAUCAUUUCUGCUCUUCUGGUGCCUCUGGAGUCUAAUGAAGAUGUACAGACAGUUGACAUAGGUACUGUGUAUGGUAACUGCACAAGUGAGUUCACAGUGAACAACAGAGCAGGGAAUGCAGCUACUCAUAUUACAAUUGGAAGAGAUCUUACUGCCUGUAAUAGAUUCACACCCAUCAUAGACUACAGAAGUCCUUUGGCUUUACUUACAGGAAUGCAUACACCCCUGGCAUCUUUGCUAAGUAGCAGUCAAUCUUGCAGUUACUCCCUUGAUGGGAAGAAACAUGUAACAGAAGCCAUUUGCAACGAAAAGCAUGUUUUGCUGCCUCGUUCUCAUAAAGAUCAAUAUGGAGCUAUGUCACAUGUAAAGCAGACACUUAGACUUGAGAGUUUCAGUCAGACCAAUAUCAGAUACUUUGCUAAAGAUGAAUCAACAAUCAGGAAAGAAUUGACUUUGGAGCGUGCUGAUAAUAGAGCAAAGAAUGCAGAUUCUGCACUGUCAUCCCUACAGGAUCUGGUCAGACUAUCUGAGAGCGGUCAGAACCAGCAAAGAGCUAAUCUGUUCCAAAAGUUUGUUGGCGAAUUGAGGAUGUUGGAGAAAGAUACAUUUGAAACUGCUUUACCUAAAUUCAUCAAAAUGGAAGGAUCCAGGAAUGUUACUUUUCAAGCACUUCUCCAGUGUGGUACUCCAGAGUGUUUUGAAGCAAUCCUGAAUAUUCUACAAAGUGAAUCAGUCCCUCCGUUGGUGGCGGAUGCAGUUACCUAUACCAUAGGACUUAUGGCUUCACCAUCUGCAAGUAUGAUUCAGGGAAUCCUUAAUGAAGCAAAGACCCGGCAUACACGAGGUGUCUUUUACGCCCUGAGUCAUACAGUAAGAAAAUUUUACGCUGAAACAAAGUCUGUAGUUCCAGAAGUAAAAGCAGUUGCGGAUUACAUGAGGUCCAUAAUUGGAAGUGACUGCUCUGGUGAUGAAGACAUCGUCUACCUGACUCUCAAGGCACUAGGAAACAUGGGACAGGCGAUGGAUAAUGCAAUGCCUGGAAUUAAUGCAGUUCUUGUAUCAUGUAUUAACAACGAUAAAGUUUCCUCCUCUACUCAACAAGCUGCAAUUCAAGCUCUGAGACAAAUAACCUUGAACGAUGAGCUUCGCAAUGAGCUUCUUGAAGUAUUCAAAGAUUUGAAUGGAUCUGUGCUGAAGAGACUAGGAGCCUAUUUAGUAGUGAUGAAGAAUCCAUCAUCAAGCCAUCUAAAAAAAAUCAUAAACUAUCUACCAAAGAUUGAAAAUAUCCAAGUCAAAAGUUUUGUUUCCACACAUCUUGCCAAUAUUCUCAAAUCUCAGGAUCCUAAUAUCCAAGCACUGAAAACAAUGUUAUCAGCUGCUCUACAACAAAUUAAUCUCCCAGAACCCAUGGCUUUUAGAAAGUUUUCUAGGAACUAUAAUGUGUAUGAAAAAAUUAACCUUCCAGGAAAACAGGGUUCUCUGGCAGCUGGAUUGCAAAGCAAUAUCAUUUUUGAGCCAAAUGCCUACUUGCCACGAUCAGUAAUGCUGGAGACUACUUUAAAUGUUUUUGGUAAAUCCAUGGAUCUUUUUGAGUUUGGCCUGGAUGGCAAUGGAUUUGAGCCAUCUCUGGAGGCAAUUUUUGGACCAAAAGGAUUUUUUCCAGACAGUACAAUGAAGUCAUUAUACUGGGCGAAUGGUAAAGUUCCAGACACGUUAUCACAAAUGCUAUUCAAUUGGUUUGGAAUCAGGAGAGAUGGUGAAGUUUCAAAAGAAGACCUAAUGAAAACGUUCAAAUAUAACUUCCAAAACAUGUUGAAGAAAAUGGAAGAGCAAACACCAGAAGCAGAGGCUUUCUUGAGAAUAUUUGGAAAUGAACUAGGAUAUGUUAAAAGCAGUGAUGUCAAACUGCUGGGAGAAAUGUUGUCAAAAGGCUUUCAACUAUUCCGAAGCCUUCCAUCAAAGCUCAUGCCAGCUUUGCAAAAAGGAUUAGGUGGUGACCUGUUUGCUCAUUACAUCUUCAUGGAUUCCCAGUUUAAUCUCCCCACUGGAGCUGGUCUUCCUCUCAAGCUGUCUGUGUCUGGUACAAUUACACCUGGUGCCAAAGCAGGGAUAAGAUUUGAAGGAAAGAAGCAAAUAUUCUUUCUAUUGCAGAUCGAAGGUCUGAUCAAGCCAGCAGUUGCAAUUGAGUUUGUGACUCAACUCGGGGUUAAUGUACCUAAUUUUGCCAGAAAUGGAAUACAGAUUAAUCAGAAUUUGUAUCAUGAAUUUGGGUUUGAAGCCCGGAUUAGGAGGAAUAAUAAUCAGAUAAAACUCAGCAUUCCAGUGCCCAAAGAAUCAACCAAACUCUUGAGUAUUAGCAGUGCACAGUCUCUGAUAUAUAGUACAAAAACUGAGGCGAUCCCAUCCAUCAUGGAGAACAGACAAGAAUGGAAAUCAUGCAAACCAUUGUUUACAGGGCUUGAAAUUUGUAGCAGUGCCACAUAUUCUGAUGCAAGUUCAAUUGACAAUGCGCCCAGUUAUCCACUGACUGGAGAAUCAAGGUUUGUGGUUGAAAUUCAGCCCACAGGCACUGUAAGAAACUAUGCUGCGUUAGUAGAUUAUCAAUCACAGGUAGUUGAAGAGGAUCUCGAACGCUCUCUAAAGUUUGCUGUUCAGGUAGAAGGCACCGAAAAUACAGAGGCUACAGCUGAAAUUAAGUACAACGUCAACAAGCAAAUAUUUACAGGAGAUGUCCAGAUUCCAAAAUUUGAUGUGGAAUUAGGAUUGAAGGUGGGAGUUGAAGAUAAAUCUGCACUGCAAAGGACCGCAUAUGUUGUUAAAGUUGAUAUCACAAACAAAAAUGAGCCUGAGGUGACCCUCAUAGGCCGUGCAAGGUAUGACAAUGAACAGAAAGAUCUCUUGCUGCAGGGUCUCUUUUCCAUUCCCCAACUAGAUAUAAAGACAAAUGUUGCAACUCAGAUUCGGCAUUCAUCUGAUGAAUCAUUUACUGAAUUCAAUAUAGAAGCUCUGAUCCCACAUUUUAAGGCUUCACACCAAACUAAUUUCAAAUAUGAUAACAAGAAGAUUCAAGUUGCUUGGAACUCAGAUGUAACAUCUGAUCUCAAACCAAUUAAUGAGAAAAUCACAAACAUGGAAAUGCCUGACAUGUCCGAAUACCAAAAGAAUGUGAAUAAUUAUCUUAGCAACAUCUUAGAUCGAAAAGUUCCCCAGACUGAUAUGACACUAAGGCACAUUAUUUCCAAAUCCAUGGAGGCUAGCAAUAGUUGGUUACAACAGGCUGCUGUAACUGUUCCACUUGCUGACACCUUUCAAAGCAAAUUGCAGGCUGUGCGGGACAUGGAUCUGGAGCAAAUAAAAUCAUAUCUUACUCCUCCGGAAAGCCUAUUUCUGAACAGUCAUGGUUCCAUCGCCGGCACAUUAAGCAGCAAUAAGCUGACCAUUAAAAUUCCAAUUCCUUUCGGUGGAAUAAUGAAUGAAAGAAAUCCUUUGUUUUCAAAAAUAAUGAGUGUACAGCCAAUGGUUAUGAAAGCACUUGGAAUAAAUUCACCAUCUGCUGAAUACACCAAGCCACCAGUAUUCAUUCCACCUAUUGGAGAAAGAACUUCCACACCAACUACUGCUACUCUCCACCUUCCUUUAAUUGACAAGCUGGAAUUCUCCACACGGAUGAACAGUAAUUACUACAAUUAUUCCUCUAACUUCAUGAUGGAAUACAGUAAAAAGAAAAGCAGAAAACAAUUUGCUGCUGAUGUAGAUAUCCAAGCAGUCUCAGCACUGGACUAUCUGUCCUAUCAUCUGAAAGGUUCUGUACUUUCAAAACAACAAAAAGAGGACAUGUUUAUUCGCAGUAUCUCUUCAUCAUUUCAACAUAAACUACUACAGUCUUCCAUGAAGCUAUCUGAGAAGUAUAAUUCUUCAGAUGAGAUGAUAGCUGAGGCAAACUAUGAAUGGGUUGCACUCAGUAACUUAGGAGCAAAAGCCUCUUUGCUUUCAUCAUAUGAGGUUCUGAAUAAAUCUUUAAUCAUAGAAAUACAAGGACGUGCAAGAGGAACUUUAAAUGUAGCUUCAUAUGACUCUAAUUGGAAUUACAGGAUGACUCAAACAAUUGAUCCCAUCAACAGUGAAGGCAGUGGAAGUUCUAUUUUAAACUUUAAUUCAGCGCCGCUCCAAGUUACCAACAGAAUGAAUGGUGAUUACAAAAAGGGUGUUUUCACAUUCUCAUCAAACACUGAAGAAUCAUGGUCAAAUUUGAAAAAUCUCAUAAAACUAAAAGUAAAAACAGAGAAAUUUGAAUUGAAAUGUGAUACUUCAGGCGAAUUCAGGAAUGGUAACUUCAGCAGUAACAUAAAAAUGACCAAAAGCCCUGAAAUGCUGAAGGUGGUGAAUAAACUGCGUGGUGAACUGUUUGGUGCUACCUUUGAAACCAAAGAUGAACUGAACUAUAAUGAAGACCAAUUCAGUCUCUCCUCGAACACAACUGGAAAGUACAACAAGAUGGCUGCAACAAAUGGUCUGAGUCUUAUAGUAUUAGCAAGACAUGUUAAAGUUGAACAGCAAUGGGUUGCAGAUUAUUAUGACAAGAAGUUCCACAGCAUCUUGUCCGGCACACUUAAUGCUGAUGCUCUAGAGGUAAAGUCUGUUAUUGAUUUUGCUGGUGUAACAAACCAAGGUAUUCUGAAAAUUGGUAACAGUGGUCUGUCAACUGAAAUGACCUCAAGUGUAAAUAUACAUCCUUUCAAUCUGAAACAUGCAUUCACAACUGUCAUUAAUCAACAUGGAAUCAUCAUGAGCAUUGGUAUCAAUGAUCAAAAAAAUGAUUUCAUUAAUUUGAAUAUGGAUGGAAAAGCAAACAGUAGUGGAAUAUAUACCACCAGUUCAUAUUCAAGUGCUUCUCUUCAAACUAAAGCAACCAAUAUCAUUGAACUUCAAUUUACUAAAGAGAAAGAGCUGAUGUUUUAUGCAAUGACCGAUGCAUUGUUCAAAGAAACUACAUUUAACAAUGUAAAUCACUUUACUGUUGGCUUCUGGACAUUAACUGCAUCAAAUACAAUCACAGCUGGCAAUCAAUUAGAUUCUACUAUCAAAUACCAGCAAAAAUUUGAAAUGCAUAUGCAACCUUUCAUAGCUUCAAUCAAUUUUGACAACAGAUUCAAAUAUCACCAGCUAGAUGUUUCCCACAUUGUGCAACUUUCACUUGAACCUCUCAAGAUUGAAUUUAAGGGUGAAUUGACAGGAUCGCAGCAGGACAAUCACUUGGUUCAUGUUUAUAUCUUGAAAUAUGCUGAUUGGAAAACUUUGAUACAGGCAAACACAACUGGAAAAUUAAAAAGUAUGAAUAUUAACCACAAGCUGAACCUGGAAAUUAACGGACUUUCUGCAAAAUUCUCCAGUGACACGUUGUGCAAUUCAAGAGCAGUGAAGUUUCAAAAUAAUGUACACACUACAGCUAUACCAUUUGUGUUCACAUUUGAAGCUGAUACCUCUGCUAAAGGAUAUAUUGAUGGUUGGGGCUUGCACAGUGGAGAGCUUAACAAUAAUCUCCAAAUGAAGGCAGAGCCACUAGCCAUUGCGCUUCAUCAUGAUUUCAAAGGAACUUCUGAACAUAAACUGCCAGAUAGAAGAUUGACACAGACACUUCUGGAAAACAAUUUAAAUGUUAUGCUCAUUCCAACUGAGCAGACAAGCAAAUGGACAUUAAAGAGUCAGUUAAACGAUAAUACUUACAUGCAAACUGUUAAUGCCUACAACAUUCCAGAAAAAAUUGGCAUGGAUAUUGCAUGUGAUGCAGAGGUUGAUUUUAGUUGUCUAAAGAAAGUUAAUUUCCUCCCCUCCAAUGUGCUAAAUUCUGUUGAUCAAGCUGAGCUUCAGAAGUUUCAGAUUUCAGGUAGCCUGAAAUAUGAUAAAAACGGGAAUGUUCAUGUUAUUAACAUGCCAUUCUUGGAACAGCUGCCCAUUUACUUUGAGUCAUUUAAAGUUGUCAUUUUAAAUACUUUGGAGGGCAUUCAAAAUUACUUGAAGGACAUUAAAGUUAAUCAAUUUGUCCAGAGAUGCAAGAAGGCUUUAGGCCAGGUGAAUGAUUCCAUUAAGGACAUGAAUUUAGACAUCAAGGUUAAUGAUGCAAAGGAUAAAGUGUUAAUGUUUCUAAAAGAGUAUCAAUCAAUACCCGAACACCUUAAGUUUGUUUUAAUGCAAGUCCACAACGGUACAUUGACCAGACUCCAAGAAGUUAUUUUCUAUCUGAAAGAAAUUGACAAAGCUAAAUUAAAGGAAGCCAUUGAAAAUUUCAUUAACCGAAUUGUGAAUAAACUGAUAGAAAUUGAUCAACAAUAUGAAAUAACUGAAAAAUCUGCCAGGAUCAUCAUUCAAAUGCAGGAAAUUCUCAAUAAAUUUUACGAGAAUGUUGAUUGGAUUCAAAGUCUCGAGGAAGAAUAUCAAAUUAAAGCUCGGCUUCAAGUUAAGUUAAAAGAACUACAGGUGCAACUCCAGAAUUUCAGUCUGCAGGAAUUUGCUAAUGGAUUAAUGCAACAAAGUAAUUUAAAUGCACUUAUUGAAAAAUUGGAACAAUGUCUAAAUACAUAUAAUCAAGAGAUAAAGAAAAUAAUUGAGACAAUGUAUAAUGGGCUCUUAUGGCUGUUGGAGCACUAUGAAAUUCAUGAUAAAAUUAACAACAUUAAUGCCAAGAUACAGCAGGUUAUCACUACAUACAAAAUUGACGUAUUGGCUCAGAAACUUGUGGCUGAAACAGUAAAACUCAUUCAAACAUUCAAGGUAGAAGACACAAUACAAGGAGCUAUAACUACUCUCAAAAAAAUAAUCGGGAAAUCAUAUAGUGGAGCAAUUGAGUACAUUGAUAGUGCAACUAAACAGAUAAAAUCAUAUGAUUACCAAAAAUUGAUUGACAAAAUUAAUGAUUUCCUCAGCAAUAUUAUUAUAGAGUUAAGACAGUUUGAUUAUAAUGCUUUCGUUGAUAAAAUAAAUGCUCAGAUCCUAAACAUAAUCAAUGUAGUCAAGGAUAAAAUGGAAGAUUUAGAACUAUCACAGAAAGUUAAGGCUGUGAAAAAGUUUGUACAGGAAGUUCAGUCAAUAAUAGUGCAUUGCGUUACACAACUGAAACAAAAAAAUCUCAAUGAAUUGAUCAACCCGUUGGCAGAUGUACUCAGAACUAUAGGUACAUCAUUUCGCAAUUUCCUGGAAACUUUAUUUGGAGAGACACUCAAGGAUCUACAAGUUAGGAUCAGUAAAAUGGAUAUCCAUGAGGAACUGCAAAGACAUUGGCAGGAUGCUGUGAACUUUUACAAAAUAAUUGUUGGUCACCUCUCAUCAGGAUAUGAAUACGCAGAAAAGGGAAUUAUUAUUUUGGCAGAAAAGUACAACUUCAAAGAAAUAUUCGAUGAAAUCCAAAUGUACCUGGAAGAAGGUUUUAUUGUUCCAGAACUGCACUUAGGCCUAAUAUCUGUGCCUGAGUUCGAGAUAAGCAUUCGUGCUAUUAGAAAAGGAGAGUUCAACACACCAUCAUUUACAGUACCUCUGACGAAUCUAACAAUUCCAUCCUACCAUGUCAACUUAAACAACCUGAAAGACAUCAGAAUUCCUUCCAGAAUUGAUAUUCCAUCAUUUAUUGUCUUGAAUUUAUUUGUUGUCCCUGCUGUCACAAUUGAUUUGGAAAAGCUUAAGAAUUUUACUAUCACAACUAUAGAUAAUAUAUGCAAUUUUGACAUUUCCAUAGGAGACUUCAAUACAUUUUCAGAUUUAAAUUUCCAGGUUAUGUCAUUGCCAGAUGUAAAAUUUCCUGAAAUAGAUUUCAGUGCAUUCCACAUGCCUGAUUUAAAAAUUCCAAAGGUGGAUUUAGACAACUUCCUGUUAGAUGACAUUAAGAUUCCAGAAUUUCAACUUCCUCGUAUACCUCACAAAGUGUCAGUUCCUGCAUUCGGAAAACUCACUGGCAUGUUCACUCUUAAAUGUCCUGUCUAUGGACUCCAUACUAGUGUUGGUAUUCAUAACAUUGACGUUGUUAAAGACAGAACAGAACUUCUAGCUUUUAUCACAGCAAAUGGUGAGUCAAUUGUAAACACCCUAUCCUUCAACUUAGAAGCAAAUGCCCGUCUGUCAGCUCCUGACCAAACUCACUUGCAACUCAGUGAAAGCAUGAAGUUUGACCACACAGCUAUAACUUUUGAUCACAUGGGUAAUCUUACUUUUGCAAGACCCUUUGUGAAUGGAAAAGCAGAGACUAAGAUUGCAAUUACCACUGAAGCCUAUAAUUCAGAAACAAUAAAUGUAAUAACAAUGAAAAUACAGGAAGCACUUUCCGCAAAAAUACGGACCAUCUAUGAACACAACCUCAAUGUUCCACAUAAACAGUUAUCAAGCCAAGUUUCACUUAAUAACAUUAUUCAAACCUCUUCUAAUGAAAAGAGUGCAGCACUAUCUAUCACAACUAUUGGGAAUGGAAAAUGGUCUUUUAAAGACUUUUCUGAUGAAGGAGCACACAAAAGUGAGCUGAAGUUAAACCUGGAUGCACCUGCUCUUAUAGUUGCAUUUUCAGGUGAUACCAACACCAAGUAUGUAAAGAUGAAACAGAAUUUCAAGACUGAGAUCUUCCCUUCAUUUUCUGCCAGAUUAACUUUUAAUGCAGAAGCAAAUAUCACUGACUCUGCAGUUUGUGUCAUGAAUGCAAUUGGAAAAGCAGAUCUAGCACCUUUAAAAGUCGAACUGACAGGAUCUCACAAUGCUAAACUUAAUGGUGCAGCAAUGGGUACAGUGGCAAAUUCAUUUCACUUUACAGCAGAACCAUUUGCGAUUGGCUUUGUGGGAAAGAAUGGUGCUGAUUUAAAGGUUUCUUUCCCUUUGACGCUCAUUGGAAAAACAGAAUUCCUAAAUAACUAUGAGUUGACACUAAAUCCAAAUGAACAACGAUUCUCAUGGCAAGUAAAUUCUACAUUCAACCAGUACAAAUAUAUGCAUGAUAUUUAUGUAAGUAACAGUGAAGAAAAUAUCAAUAUGCAUCUUAGAGUGAAUGGUGAUGCAAACCUUGAUUUCCUAACCAUACCCGUUUCCAUCCCUGAAACUUUGAUUCCUUAUUCAUCAUUCAGAAUUCCCCCUGUUCAUAAUUAUUCUUUGUGGGAACAUGCAGGACUCAAAUCCCUUUUGAGAACAACCCGACAAUCACUUGGCUUAAGUAUAAAGACUGAAUACAAAAAGAAUAAAGAUUUUCAUAGCUUCAAAAUAGAUACGGAGCCAAUUUACAAUAGGGUCAAUGAUUUCCUUUCGGCAUCAGCUGAUAGAUUUCAACAGGCAAGAAACAACAUGUUCGACUUAAUAAGAAAAACACAAUAUGAUAUACAGCAAGAAAAUCCUGCAACAAGAAUGCUUAAUGUACCAGGAUAUACUAUACCAGGACUAAAGGCUGAAGUCUCCCCUUAUAGGCUAGAAAUCCCAGUUUUCAGUUUUGUUACUACUAGAAAUAUUACUACUCCUACAUUUACACUACCCAUUAUUAAUUUCAUUAUGCCUUCGUACACAUUUGCUAUACCAUCUCCUGGGUUAAAAUUAGUACAUAUACCUGACAGUUUUUAUACCUUGUCAUUUCCAAAGAUCAAAAUGCCACGUAUACAAGAUACCAUCAAAGUUCCUGCUAUCGGUAACUUGACCUGUGAUUUCUCACUCAAAUCAAGUUUAGUGGUUCUGACCUCUCAUUUUGAACUCUUCAACCAGUCAGACAUAAUUGCCCGUUAUAGUGCUUCAUCUUCAUCUAUCUUUACAUCAGACUUCAAAGCAAAAGGAACAACAAGUCUGGCAAGACGGCGAGGACUGAAAUUAGCAACAGCCAUUUCUGUUAAGCAUGAUAUCAUUCAAGGAAAACAUGAGAGCACCAUAAGUUUAACAAGGAGGAACAUGGAGGCUUCAGUUUCUACUGGAGUAAUGAUUCAACUUUUCAACCUUGCUCUUAAUUUCGAACAUGACCUGAAUGGAAAAACAAAGCCCAAGCCUAAUGUGCAAUCAAAGAUGUCCCUUAACUUUGGAGUGCCUUCAACUGACAACUUGCAUUUAGUUCAAGGAAGUGUCACCCAUUCUCUGAACUUGGGAGACUUUGCAUCCUACUUAAAUGUGGAAACUUCAACCAAUGCUCACAUUGAAGGAAAUAUGCAAUACAAAUUUUCUGGCAGCAUGAGCAAUGAAGCAAGUAUUUAUCUGAGUUCAAACAAUACGCGUUCCAAUGUAAAACUUGAGCUAAGUUCAUCGGUUGAUUCAGCUUCUGGCAAUGUUUGGAAGAUCACAACGAAUGAAAACCUUGCUGUAGCGGUAUCCACAGAACGUUUUUUUGCCGUCUGGGAUCAUUCUGCUGAUAACAUUCUUACACUUCCAUCAACAUUUGAAACACUUCCAUCAACAUUUGAAACAAAAGGUAAUCAAAAAUCUAAAGCAACUUUAGAAUUAGCAUUCUGGAGUUUGACUGCACAGUUACAAUCUGAGAUUUCUCAACCCAGUAGCUUAUGGAAUGAGGCAGAUUUACAACAUUAUGUGACUGUAGCCAUCAAACCAAAGGUCCAAGAAGUGAAAUGGAAUAAUAAUGGUCACCUCCUGUCAGCAGUUUUCAGUGAUGAGAUGGAGCUAGUAAACAAUGGAUCAGGAAUACAUCUUGACAUGGCUGGUUCCCUGCAGGGACAUGUGCAUUUUCUGAAAACUAUUUCAUUAUAUGAAAGAAGUUUGUGGGACAUUUUGAAAUUUGACUUGACUACUAGUGAAGAGAAGCAACAAUACUUAAAUGUAUCUACAUCAAUAGUGUUCACAAAGAAUGGAAACAGUUUAUUUAAUACUUUAUCAGUGCCACUAUUAGCUAAUGGUCUGAAGAUAAAUAUUCCUGAGAUUACCCUUCAUGUUCCUGAAUGGAUCAAAAAUGUACCGGAAAUGAUUCCUAACAACCUGUCUUCACAGAUUGGAAAAGUUCACAUUCCUGAUGAAAUUGAGUUUCCAACGACCAUAAUACCUCUGAUAAACAUUGUUGUGCCAUCAUAUAAAUUCAAGUUUUCAGAAAUAAAGCUCCCCAGGAUAAUCAUCACUCCUGAAUUUAGAGUUCCAUAUACUACCCUUCAGGUACCAUCAUACGCCAUUAAUUUUACAGAUAUUGCUAUACCAUCAAACAUAAAUACUCUUCCAUUUGAUGUAUCUUUGCCAAAUUUUCCUACAGUUAGCUUUCCUAAAGUGAACAUUAAUUCUACUUACUUUGAGGAUUACAAGAUCCCUUACCUUGAAAUUGCAAUACCAAAAUUCAAAAUCAUGAUUUCUCAGUUUGCUCUGCCAAAAUCCUUCAGAAUAGCUGGAAAUUAUCUGCAGCUGGACAACAUUGCAAAGCAAAUUGCAGACUUUGAGCUACCAACGAUAACAAUCCCAGCAAAGACAGUGGAGAUCCCACCACUGAAAGCAAGCUUACCUCUAGCACUUGUUCUGCCAGCAUUUAACUCUUUUACUGGAAAUGUCAAAGUUUCGUCACCGAUAUACAAUACUACAUGGAUUACAAGUGUGAAAUCGGAUCAAAAUGGAGCAGAUAUCUUCACUGCAGCAGUCGAUGCAACAUCCAGUUCUACACUGCGGUUUCUGGAAUAUGAAUUAGAUGCAAGCACAACUUUAAGCACCACCACUGAUACCUACAAUCUUAUUGGAAAAUAUACAUUUGCCCAUCCUGAUUUAAGUGUCGACUGGCAGCAGAAUUGCACUUUUCAGCAUUCAGGAAUAACAAGUCAUCUGGGAGUAGAUGUCAUCAGUCCAACUUUCACAGACCUUAGUAUUCGUUGGCAGCAGAGUAAUGAUAGAAUUUCUUCAUCAGUCUCCUCUCCAGCUGCUGGAUUCCUAGGAAUGGUAAUCAAAAAGAAAAGGCCAAAUGUUCUGUAUGCAAAACUAUAUAUCCAUGAGCCAACAUCCUCUGAAAUAAUUAUUUUGGGUAGUAAAAUUUCAUUGGAGAACCCUGACAACAUUCAAGUGCAGUUCAACUGGACAAAUGGCGUUAUUACAGACAUGGCAAAUGGCCUGAAGGAAAGAAUACCCAAGAUGAUUCAAGCCAUCUAUAAUUGUGUAAACAAGUAUCACACUGAACAUCUUGGAAUAGAGUUGAGCGUUGUACCCUCAAAAGCCAAAGAGUCGAUGAAACAUAUUGUUGAUAAAGCACACAGAAAAGCAAUCAAUGGCCUUAAGGAAGCUGACAGUCGUCUCCAGUCUGCAGUUGAUAAUAUCGCUUCAAACUAUCAACAGGUGAAAGAAACAACAAAGAAAUUGUAUAAGAGAGCAGCAGCUGAAGUAGAAAAUGUAGACUUUGAGAAAAAGAUCACCACAUUAUUAAAUGUCAUUUCAAAUUUGAUACAAGAAUAUCAAAGUAAGUUGAAGGACUUAAUUGAUGCAGCAAUCAGAUUUUUAAAAGACACCAAAUUUCAGCUACCUGGACUUGACGACGAGUAUACAGGGCAAGAGCUAUACAUGAUGUCCAUAAAUCAGGCAACACAAUUUAUUGUGAAUCUUGAUAAUAUUGUAGAAAGAAAUCUUAGAGAUGCAGUUGAAUACUUCAAUGCAUUGGAAUUUAAGAUGAUUCCUGGUGAUGAUACAAUCAUUAAAGGCUCAGAAAUACUCCCUCUAUUAAGAGAGUCUCUGAAGCAAGUUCUAACAAAGGUACUUGAAGUUUUAAGGAGCAUGCAUAGUCUUGAUGCUGAACAAUAUCUAAAUUCCUUCAAAAUAAAUAUACAGGCCGGGUCUGAAGAAUUUAUUAAAGCCAGUGUUGCAAGUGUCAAUAAUCUGAAGGAUGGAGUAAAGAUAUUCAUUACAAAUUCUACAGAACUUUUUAAUAAACAUUUUGAAGGCUUACGCACUCACUUUCAAGAAAUUGGAGAAGAAACAAUUCCUGAAUAUCUUGAAACGGCCAAAGAAAAAUUGAGUGUUGCAAUUUCAGACAUUAAGAAGCAUACAACUACAUAUAAACGGACAAUUAAAACUAAGUUGGAUGAAGCUAUUUUUCAACUAAAUGAAACCUAUGAAAAUUUAAUUGCUCAAGGAGAAUAUUCAGUUAAUCGAUUUGUUGAAAACUUAAGCAAAUUUGCUGAACAACUAUUUAGAUUCUUGGAACAGAUUGUAAACAAACUAACUGAAGGAAUGGGACUAUAUGUGGAAAGACGACCUGGGCAGCUUAUAAUUAAUGUUCCUCACCCCCUUGAGUGGAAAUCAUUUGAUGAUGUACCUCAAUUGAAAGAAGGAACUUUGAGCCAGUUAAACAUCAAGGGACAGCAGAUCCUUCAAAGAAGCACAGCUCUAGCAUGGGACAGGAUUGUGGAGAGCUAUCAAAAAGAUAAAAAGUUCCUGAAUGAGAAAAGAACAAAGAACGUCAAAUCAAAAUUUUAA